UUGAUUUGAGAAUGGCUUUACAGGAACUCUGCUUUCAGGACCAGGGAAGAACCCGAUGGUCUUCAGGGAAGAUGUUUGGGUCAAACUAUCAAAGUGAUUCCUCCUUUAGCAGCAGCACAUGUCUGUUUCACUUUUAUAUCCCAGUUGCCGAUUACCUCGAUGAAAGUCCAGUUCAGUUUGGACAAAUCAGCGCCGCGCAGAGCUGCAGCUCUAUCUUCUCGCAGGACUCCAUCCUGACGAGCUUCUCUGUGCCUGGUGAUCCACGUCCUCUGUCUGCUGCCGCGUCCUCUCAGUCCGUCCCGUUGCCUUUUCCACAUUCUCAUGGAACCACGACGCUGGCGUUCAUGUUCCAGGGCGGCGUGCUGGCGGCAGCAGACACCCGCUCCAGCUGCUCCGGGCUGGUGGCGUGUCCGGCGUCUCAGAAGAUCCUGCCCAUCCACAGCCACAUGGUAGGAACCACCUCAGGCACCUCGGCCGACUGCGCUCUCUGGAAACGGAUCCUGUCACGAGAGCUGCGGCUCUACCAGCUCCGCCACGGACGUAGUCUGUCCACACGAGGAGCCGCCAAACUGCUUUCACACAUGCUUCAUCCGUUUAAGGGCACUGAGCUGUGUGUGGCGGCCACGCUGUGUGGAUGGGACGGAGGAGAAGUGGACGGACGCCAUGAUGACGACGGCUGCAUGGUAAGACCAGAGAAUGUAGAGAAACCUGAGGACACUCGUCUCGAAAAGACCCAAAGUUCUUCUUCCACUCAACCAAACGCUGCCAGCUCAAGUUCCUCUGGACCCAGUUUGGUUUACGUGUGCAGCGACGGCACUCGCCUGCAGGGGACGCUCUUCUCUGUGGGCUCGGGGUCGCCUUACGCAUACUCCAUUUUGGACCAGGAGGUUAGAUGGGAACUGACACUGCAGGAGGCCACGGCCAUCGCCAGAGAGGCCGUGUACCGAGCCACACACAGGGACGCGUACUCGGGCAACCAUGUCGACAUCUAUCAUAUCACCUCCACUGGAUGGACUCGCAGGGACAGGGAGGACUUGAAAGAGGAAUAUUACAGAGAACAGGAGAGACGAGAGAGACGGUUGAGAAGGGACGCCACUUCUGUCUGAGGAAAAUCAAAAACUUGAGCUCUGUGAUGAAGCGAACAGCACGGACCUGUGUGGACAGAAGAAGAAGAAAAGGUUGAAGUGACACGAUGCUGUUUCUGUGUCAGAUACUGAAUUAAUGAACGGGACAUGCAGUUGUGUAUUUGUUAGGGCGUGAGCGCUGUUCCCUGUGACUAACAGCUGAUUCAGAUUAUUAAACAUAAGAAUAUAAAAACACGGCUGAACACUGUCGAGUGUCCACAGAACAAUCAGUAAAUACAAAAACAAGAGAGCUCUAAUUUCAAAGAUGACAAAAUGUGUCCAUUUUUACUUCACCUUAUUCACCCACUGAAGUUCCACUUCAUUUUAAGCAUUUACUAUUAAAAAUGUUAAGUAUUUAUAACACACAUAAAUACUGUAUAAAUGAGAGAACACUUCCACUGGGCUCCUCCCUGUGGAUCACUGCCCUCUGAACCAAACACAGAACACCAUCCUGCUCUGAUUAUCUGUCAUUUUACUUUGUGUUUGUUUCCCCGGUGCCUUUAAACAUUUAAUAUUUAUUUCACAGACAUAGAUAAGCUGUUAUUUAACUUUGGAUAUUAUUUUGUUUUAUUAACAAAGCACAGGUCAGUUAAAGCGUGUCCUCGAGCACUGCAGGAAAGUAAAAUAAGCCUCGUUUCUGGCUUUGUUUUCUAAUGUUUUGCCUGAAAAGAUAAAAAAAAAAAUGCACAAGAGAAAUAAUCUAAUUUUAAGAAAACACACACAUCUCAAUAUGCAAA